CUGCAUUACACUAAAACUGUGUGCCCACUGCCAGCAUUAGAAACGGCACUAAAUGCACAGGACUGGUACAGCGGAUCAGAAAGGUGUCUCCUAAAAACACAAUUAGCUUUACACUAUGAUGGGAAUAUGUCAUUCACGUAAAGAUUGCAGAAAUCCUCCCUGUCCGGAAAAGCAAACAGGAAAAUCACAGCAAUACCAUUCAUCCAUCCCUGGUAAUAAAGCAGAAGAAAAGGAAUCUGAGAUCCAUAUGGAGCCGAACUAUGGUGCAUCAGAGACAGAUGUAUUCUACAAAUUUGUUAUUCUACAUGCUAAUACUGAUAUACUGGAAGCACUGAGAUUUAAGGACAUGUUGCAAGAUACGUUUCACAUCCAACCUGGCAUCAUAUUUGCCGAGUUGCCUGCAGGACAGAGCAUUAUGAAAACUCUGGAGGAUGCUGUGAAUAGUUCUGCAUGGACGAUAAUAUUACUAACUGAAAAUUUUGUGAGAGAGAGAUGGUGUGAGUUUCAGUUUCAUGCCACCCUAAUCAAUUCUAUCAAUAAACUUCAUAAAUAUAACUCUGUUAUACCCUUGAGACCAGGAAAGAACUAUCUCCCAAGGGAAAAGACACCUUUUAUUCUGAAGCUUAUCAAUGCCCUAGAAGAAACAAAUCCAACAUUUGCACAGCACGUGGAAAAAACAUUUCAGGAGUCUCAGUACCAGAAACAGUUUGCAAUAUGGAAGGAUGAAAAAGCAGCAUUGAAUCUGAAUGGGCAAAAUUAAAGGGACUCUACUCAAACAAUUUCUGUCAUCCCCAUAAGAUUGCAGCAUUUAAUACAGAUUUUGCCUAAAUAAAAGCUGUUUCAAUUUAGAAUGAAACUAAAAUAUCAA